GUAUCCACGCUCCAGUCGGCGGCCGUGCCUACUGCAUCCGCGCGCGUGCCGUCGUAUCCGUCAGAGUCUAUCUCAUCGCGGUUCCGAGACGAGAGAGUGGCACCGAGGAAAAAUCCACGCAAGGGAAUUCUUUUUCGGGAACCGCGAACGAGUACCGAAUACUCGCGCGGAGUGCACCGGGGUCGCAUCAGGAUGCGGGUCCCGAUUGUGCUGAUCCUCGGGCUGCUGGCUGUCUGUGCCGUCAACAGCAGCGUCAUACCCGACCAAGCUCUAACUGCGAGCCUACAGGACGCAUGGUACAACGAUGAAUUCGUUAUCGCGUUAUCCAACAUCAAGGACAAGAAAAAGCACACCGGUGGUUCGAUCGAGACCCUGAUGGCCGUGAAAUAUCACGACACGAAAACAAAACUGGUGCUCUUGAUCGAUCGACGAACGAAGCGCGUUAUACUUGAGAGUCUCGAUGACUCUGGUCGACGCAGUGCCUCGCACAUCAACGUGGACAGUCUGGCGGUGAACACUCCUCUGAAGAGUUUGAUUAUACUGGUGCAUCAGGCGCAGCCUAAUCCUCGCGUGGACGUAUACGUCGAUUGUACUUACGAGGGUUCUAUACCGUUUAAGACAACUUUCCGCGACAUAGCUGAAAUCGAGGACAGUCCGUCCGUGGAAGUAUUCAUAGAACGAAAAUGCCGGGCGAAAGUGUAUCAAACUUCUACCAUCACCGAGGUGCUAAAGAAAGAGCAAUGUCCUGACAAUCUAGACGCUAUGAAGCAGCCUUCGAUAUUUAAUCCUGAAAUCCCGCAAGUACAACCUUACCCCAUCGAUUCCGCUGAAGAAAAUCGAAAGAAGUCUAUCGAACGACCUGACGAAACCGACUCAAGUGAUGGAACGAACGAGGGAUCGAAUACAUCAGAUCGGGAUAACGGUCUUCCAUCUUCCAAUAACACGAAACAUCCCUGGGUUCAUAAGAAACCUACCGACAAGAAGGAUCAUCAUGGUCACUUGAAUAAUCGCGAUCAAUCCAAGAAAGAUCGUUUGGAUCAUCUAAAAGACAAAAACAGACCAGAUAAAUAUAAUCCGUAUAACUCUUCUAAUUCAUUUUCUCAACUUGGGAAAUCGAAUGAAACAGAUGAUCUUGAUUACCCAGAUGAAUCUCAACCUUCAUCAUUCACGCCGCACUCUUCACAAUCUCCUAAGGGACACCGACCUAAGAGACCAAAUCAAUCUGGAUCCACUAAACGGCCUGAUCAUUUAAUUUCGGGACCCGACAGAUCGGAUUCAUAUGGCGCCGAUAAAUCUGGACGAUCGGAUGAGACGGAUGAUCUUGAUCCAAACGGAUCUCCUCUGCACGGAUUCACUUUGCAGCCUUUGACAUUUCGCCCCACUAAGAAACCCACUAAACAGGAUCAAUCAGGUUCAAAACACGAUAAAUUGGAUCAACAUGGUCCCGUUGGAUCGAAUCCGUAUGAUUCUAAGAAAAAUACUUUCCUACCAGACAAGUCUGUUGAAUCUCAAUCGCCCAAAAAACCAAAGCGACCUGGUCGAAGUCCAUCCUCUGGUCCAGAUAGAUAUCCUUAUUCGAGUCGGGAAUCAUUGGAUAAAUCAAAAAGAGUACCCAGGAGAGGCGACAUCGGCAUCCAGAGUAUCGAAGAGAGAGACUGCAGCGAGGAUCGAAUCGUGAAAGCCUUAAAUGAAUUAAUCAACGUUACCAGGCAACUCUGGAGGGAACAGGAACUAAAUAGGAUGGAAACCCAGCAUCUUCGUCGUUUGAUCGAAAACUGCUCGGCGUGUCGUACCGUGCCAACACCGCCGCCGUCCACGUGCGACCAUAACUCCCCGUGCUACCCCGGCGUCGAUUGCCGCAACACACCGAGCGGACCCCAGUGCGGCCCUUGUCGUCGCGGUUACACCGGAGACGGACGGACCUGCGCCAAAAUCCAUGUCAUCACCUGCAUUCAACGGCCGUGCUACCAGGGGGUGCGGUGCUACGACGACGACGAUAGGGGUUACAGAUGCGGCAGAUGUCCAAGCGGAUACGUUGGUGACGGCGAAAAAUGCGAGAGGAUGAGAAACCCCUGCGACCAUCACCCCUGUCAUCCGGAAGUUAAAUGCUACCCCACUCACAGUUCACCGUAUUUCAAAUGCGGCCCAUGUCCAGUGGGAUACGUCGGUAACGGCACGGUCUGUCUCGACGCGAACGAAUGCGAGCUGAUGCAACCCUGUCAUCCCGGAGUGCGCUGCAUUAAUCUCCAUCCUGGAUACAGGUGCGACCGAUGUCCGACAGGUUACACGGGACCGAUGACGGAAGGUGUCGGUGUCGAGAUGGCGAGGCUACAAAAACAGGUCUGCCAGGACAUAAACGAGUGCGAGAGCAACAACGGCGGAUGCAACCCCUAUUCGGAGUGUAUCAACACGGAGGGUUCCUAUAGAUGCGGUCCGUGUAAAAGUGGUUACAUCGGCAAUCAAACGGCGGGAUGUCAUAUUCAGCAUAACGUCUGCCCGGGUAUGGUGACGGCCUGUGAUGUCAAUGCUUACUGCAUCGCCAUGUAUUUCAAUGAAUAUUCAUGCAAGUGUCGUGUCGGUUGGACAGGAAACGGACAUUUCUGCGGUCCCGAUAGCGACAGCGAUGGCAUCCCCGACAGGAGCCUUCACUGCCACGACCGUCGUUGUCGCGCCGACAAUUGUCCAACGGUACCGAACAGCGGCCAGGAAGACGCUGACGAGGACGGGAUCGGCGACGCUUGCGACGAUGACGCCGACAACGACGGCGUAUUAAAUCUGAUCGACAAUUGCCUACUUACUUAUAAUCCGAACCAGCAAGACAGUGACAACGACAAGAUCGGUGACGCCUGCGACAAUUGCCCGUUGAACUGGAAUCCGCACCAGGAGGACUACGACGAUGACGGCGAGGGCGACGCGUGCGAUGACGAUCUGGAUAAUGAUGGUAUAUACAACAAUUACGACAACUGUAUCAAGAUAAAGAAUACGGAUCAGCGCGACAGCGACUCGGAUGGCAUUGGCGACGCCUGCGACAAUUGUCCUGCCAUUAGCAACCCUGACCAAAGAGAUGUCGAUGGCGACGGCGUCGGGGAUGUUUGCGACACCAACGCGGAUCGCGACAGGGACGGUAUCCAAGAUGACAAGGACAAUUGUCCGGAUGUACCAAAUCCCGGACAGAACGACAUAGACCAGGACGGUAUCGGCGACGAGUGCGACGACGACCUCGAUGGAGAUGGUAUACCCGACAGGAUCGAUAACUGUCCUUACGUCUACAACCCAGAUCAGAGUGACCUUAAUCACGAUGGCAUUGGCGACGCAUGCUGGAACGACAAUGACAACGACACGAUCACCAACCCCCACGACAACUGUCCUAAUAACAGUAAAAUAUGGGCGACGGAUUUCCGUAAUUACAUUACAAUCGCUCUUGAUCCACAUGGUACCUCGCAGCAGGAUCCUGUAUGGAAAAUUCAUAAUCAAGGUGCAGAGAUCCAACAGCUUCUUAACAGCGAUCCUGGCCUCGCAAUAGGACCGCACAAGAUGACCAACGUCAAUUUCGAAGGAACCUUCUACAUCGAUAAUCACGACGACGAUGACGAUUUCGUAGGCUUCGUCUUCUCCUAUCAGGAUAAUCGACAUUUCUAUGUUGUUUACUGGAAGAAGGGUGAACAGGUCUAUUGGGAACCAUCUCCAUUCCGCGCCGAAGCCGAACCCGGAAUUGUAUUGAAGCUCGUCCAGUCCGACACCGGACCGGGCGAGAUGCUCCGAAAUAGCCUCUGGCACAAGGAAGACACACCCAAUCAAGUGAGAGUCCUAUGGAGAGACCCGAAGAAAAUGGGCUGGCAGCCAAGGGUGUCGUACAGAUGGCAUCUAUUACACAGGCCUGAGAUCGGCCUGAUCAGAUUCUGGCUGUAUCAGGGCACGCAAAUGAUAACCGACUCUGGAAACAUAUUCGACUCGACCCUGCAAGGUGGUCAACUAGGUGUCUACUGCUUCUCGCAAGAGAUGAUCACCUGGUCGGAUUUAAUGUACAAGUGCGCAGAUACCGUGCCUAAAACUGUGUGGGAUGAAUUACCUGAUAAUCUGAAGAGAAAAGUUCAGGCGGAGAUUGCUAGCAACUAUCAACAGCAAAUAAUACAACAGAGAAUGAAUUAUGAAUUCUAAAACAGGCUUGGUGAAUUAUUUUUUCGUGACAGCGAGUAAAGAGGUCCAAUCUCCAUAAUUUUAAAAGUCUCCAUAAUUUUAAAAUAAUCGAGGAGCCACAAGCGAAUUAAUCUAUUAUAAUAAGACGUCAAAACAGCGCAUUAUUGUCGCAUUUGAAUAAACUUAAUUUGCAUAAAUUUAAAAUUUUAUGAUAAAAUAUUGUAUAUUUUAUAUAUAUAUAUAUAAAUGUUUUAUGUAACAAAAAUAUUUAAUAUUUCACAAAAUGAUAUAUUUCUCCUAUUUAAUCCAUUAAUCAAUUUUUAUUGUAUUUAAAAAAAUUAUAUUAUCUCAAUUGCAGUGUCACUAUAAAUGAAACGUACUUACCUUGUGCGGACGUAGAAAAUAACACAGAGUCACGAUGUAUUGAUUAACAUGUAUGUACGUUAACUAUAGUCUGAGAUGUAUGAAAUCAUAAUGAUUUUAAUAAUUGCAUUUAUUUGUAUCUCUCUAAGGUGCAAUUUCAAUGAAAAAUUAUUUUUUGUAUUUAAUAGAGGAAAAAUAAAGAUAAUAAUCGUUAAUA